UACAGGCUCCGCGGCCGCACUGGUGUUUCACCGGUCACACCGUGGCCGCGGUGGCCCUCGGCGCCCGUGACAGCGGCGCCGCGGUGUUCACGACCCGGGCUCUGGGCCACUGCCGGGCUCUGUGGUCCCUUUCCCCGCUCCCCGGCGGCGGGAUGGGCGGCGAGGUGGGGUCCACGGCGGCCGCGGGUCUCGAGGGCCGCGUGAAGAGUCUGGGUCUUGUGUUCGAGGACGAGAGCAAGGGCUGCUACGCCGGCGGCGAGACGGUGGCCGGGCACGUGCUGCUGGAGGCGGCGGAGCCGGUGGCCGUCCGCGCGCUGCGUCUGGAGGCCCGGGGCCGAGCCACCGCCGCCUGGGGUCCGCGCUCGGCCGUGGGCGCAAUCCCGGCCGCCGCCUCGGAGGUGGAGUACCUGGACGUGCGCCUGAGCCUGCGCGAGCCCCCGGCGGGUGAAGGCAUCAUUUUAUUACAGCCUGGGAAACACGAAUUUCCAUUUCGCUUCCAGCUUCCAUCUGAGUCGUUGGUCACGUCGUUUACUGGGAAGUACGGAAGUAUUCGGUACUGUGUGACUGCAGUCUUGGAACGACCCAAGGUGCCAGACCAGAGUGUGAGACGUGAGCUCCACGUUGUCAGUCACGUUAAUGUCAACACGCCAGCUUUGUUGACCCCCGUGUUGAAAACGCAAGAGAAAAUGGUUGGCUGUUGGUUUUUCACUUCUGGUCCAGUCUCGCUAAGUGCCAAAAUCGAAAGGAAGGGAUACUGUAACGGAGAAGCGAUCCCCAUCUAUGCGGAAAUUGAGAACUGCUCCUCUCGUCUCAUUGUCCCCAAGGCAGCUAUUUUCCAAACCCAGACAUAUUUGGCAAGCGGGAAAACGAAGACCGUGCGCCAGAUGGUGGCCAACGUACGAGGCAACCACAUCGCCUCCGGGAGCACAGACACAUGGAAUGGGAAAACCCUGAAGAUCCCUCCCGUCACACCCUCCAUCCUGGACUGCUGCAUCAUCCGCGUGGACUACUCCUUAGCUGUAUACAUUCACAUUCCUGGUGCUAAAAAACUGAUGCUCGAGCUGCCACUGGUGAUCGGUACAAUCCCCUACAACGGCUUUGGCAGCCGGAACUCCAGCGUGGCCAGCCAGUUCAGCAUGGACAUGAGCUGGCUGACCCUCACCCUGCCAGAGCAGCCUGAAGCCCCGCCCAAUUACGCAGAUGUGGUAUCCGAAGAGGAAUUCUCCAGACACGUUCCCCCGUACCCGCAGCCUCCUGACUGCCAAGGAGAAACAUGCUACCCUAGGUUUGCCUGCAUUCAAGAAUUCCGCUUCCAGCCUCCACCUCUUUAUUCGGAGAUUGAUCCGCACCCAAGUGAGGCAGAGGAGAACCAGCCUGUUUCCUUCAUUCUCUAGACCACCUUCAGACCUCCCCACAGGCAGCCUCCAUCAAGACUGUCCCCCCUUUUCUCCUUGCUGUGGGUGAAGUCAAGGAGGGGAGAUGAACUUAAAAAUAUUCAGGAUCGCCAAGAAGGAAGGCGGCAGAAAUUAAAGACUACGAGGAGAACUUUCUAGUGGGCCAACAGGAGGGUCUGCACACAUGUAUACAAUGGUGCUGUGGCUCUCUUUCCGGGAUGAAAGUGUGAAGUGAGAGAAGGUUCUGGAAGUGGUGUUGGUGAUAGAGCAGGUGAAGGAGUGCAGUACUGAUGGAGAGAAGGGAAUCGGUAAGGAGUGGACACACCUUCACGGGGGGGUGUCUUACAGUGGACGGGAAGUGUCAUGUGACCUGCAUGGCUGACAGGCCGGGACGAGGCUCCUUUGGGGGUGAGUGUGCAGCUUUGAAAUACGCAACAAUGAGAAAGUGACCCACCAUAAAUACAAAGUGAGACCCUCGCAUUUCCAGCUCUUCCUGAUUCCUUACCACCGUUCACGAACUCGAGCAAGGGCUGAACUCUGCAGUGUUCUUUCUUGACACCAUAGUUACAUGAGGUCCUAAUGAAUCUAUAACGGUUCUCACUCCUGGAGGAAUAGGUUAAAAAUGUCCUUUAUAAAUUGGCUGAACAGUAUUAAGAAACCUAGACAGGGCUCCUUGGCAAGCUUGCCGCUUGCAAUCCAAAUGAUGCAUUUUAGCUGGAAGCCACCUGUGGUUCACGCCUCUCAUCCCAGCUACUCAGGAGGCUUGAGACCUGAGCAUCAGGGUUCAAAGCCAGCCCAGGUAGGAACAUCUGUCAAGCUUACCUCUAGUUAUCCACCCAAAUGUCAAAUCCAGGUGUAACUCCAAGUGGAAGAGCAGCAGGCUAGAGGGAAAGGGCCAAGGGACUGCAUUCAGGCCCUAAGUUCAAGCCUCAGUAUAGGAACAAAAGAGUAAAGGAAGUGUGUUCUGAGGAAGGCUGCCAUUUUUUAAAUCGCCUUUAGAACUUUCCGCCCAGUUAUAUGCUUGAUUUUCCUCAUCUUUUAUUUGCCUACGGGAACAUGUUUUUGUUUUUGUUUUUUGGGGGGGGGGGGUUGGUGGGGACAGAAGGUUAUAGCCUCAGGAUGCCUUGAUAACUGCACACACACAUACACACGCACACACAGAAGAAAAUUUUUUUCUUAACCUACCUCUAGUGGGGUUAUCAGAUGUGUUCUUAAAUCUUUGGGCCUGAUCAGCCUUUCAUUUUAUUUUAUUUUAUUUUGUUUUGUUUUUUUAGUUUCUGUGAUUUACGGUAGCAGAUUUCUCUCACCUGUCACUAAAUCUGCAACUACACCCAGGUGAAAAAAUCCCUAAUUGCAUAUCAAAUGGAAAUACGUGUGAAUUGCUAGGGGUAUUUGAAAAUAAAUACAAAAACCCCAAAGAGGGUAGGGAUAGCAUUUUUGAAACAAGGGGACCAAUAGCACUUAGUGACUUGCACAUUGCUAUUCCAGGCCUCUAGCAACUUCUCUUUAAGCUGUGAUUUAUUUAUUAUUGUUGUUGUUGUUUUGGUGCAAUAUUUUGUUGUCAUCAAACCUCAGGAUCUUCAGACCAACAGGAUUGUGUUGCUACUGGAAGGUUCCACACAGUGCUUUAAACUGUCCACCCACCCCCUGCUCACGACCCUGAGCUCACGGGCUUUGCCCUGGUCUCUUGGGUCUGGACAUUCACGUGUAGGGACAUCCGAGAUUCCCACAGUGGAGAUUUUUGGAUCAUUCAGAUCCUAAGAGUUUGUUCCAGAACCCUGGUGCUUCCCAUUCAGAAUAUUGUACCUCAUUCCCCAAAGUGACUAACUUCCAAUUAGUAUGCUCCCUUAGGAAGAAAUUGUUCCACGGUUCAAUUUUGUACUUAAAAACUCAGUUGGCCAACGAUCAGGGGGAAAAAAAUCUAUACUCAUUGGGUAAAACGUAUGCUUUUUCCCUUUCUGAAUGUAGUUCUCAGCUCUGAAACGCCCUGUAAAAAAACCACAAUGCCAAACUCGUCAGUACCAAUGAUGGUACCUGGAAUUGUCCCCAAACUCCAUUCCUUGCUUUGAUUUUCUAUUUUGUUACUGUGUGUGUGUGUGUGUGUGUGUGUCUGUGUGUGUGUUUUGUGUUCUUGUCAUUAAGCAGAUAUGUAUAUUUAAGUGCUUUCUGAACAGUUUUAUUUUUACUGUAGGGAAGACCUUCAACAGUUUAUUGACUUGUAGGGCUGUAGUUUAUGCACUGUGUCAAGACAGUGUCUUUUUCCAGGAAACCCAAAACAAAGAGAAAGCCACAACUGGUAUGUGAACAGAGCACACUCAAAUAUCUGACUCCCUGGAGGAAAAGCCACGGUUUGAUGGGGCGGGCCCUUCUUUCGGCUUGCUUCGAUCCCUUGGGGAGACAAAUCACAAAAUCCCCCAUAAAACUGAAGCAAAGCUAACUUUGUAGGCUUUUAAGAGUAUAGCUCACAGGCGUGGCCAUACUGGUCCCAUCGGAAGCAUCUUAAAUGGAAUACAUUUUAAUAAUCAAGUUAUUUCAUGAGUGUAUAGAAAACUACAUUUGGGGAACAGAGAAAAUCUAUAAAUGAAGAUAAAAAUGUAGGGUGGUUUUUGUUUUGAUUUUUUUUUUUUUUUUGCUUGCUUAAUCCCCACUUGGUUUAGUUUGGGUUAAAAAAAAUUUUAAGUGACCUUGGAAUUUUCUUUUCAAUGUAAAAAGUUUGCCACUGAAAGUGUGCAGUUUGUGUUUGUUUUGUUGGGCACAAAAGCUAUUUCCUCUCCCUGGGUGAAAUCUUAUUUUGCACAAUAAGUGACCUAAUAGACAGGGAUUAGGUUUUUUGAUAAGUUAGAACCAUGAAAACUUUUUUUUACUAAAAAAAAAAAAAGAAAGAAAAAAAAAAAAGAUGUACCAAUUUAGCCCCCAGGGAAAAAAAAUAAAGAUUGUAUUUUGUAUUCUUGUUUGGACCCUGUGGGUUCCUUUUGUUAAUAAAAAUGAUUAUACCAA